AUUCUGGCACAAGACCUUGUGGUUCAGGAUCUCCUUGGAUGCGAGACACCCGUGGAGGAUUACGACAGCGUGGUUCUCCCCUCGAAGCAGCCAUCAAGAAUUGCGGGAGGACAACGCAAUGGAGAGCAGCGCUGCAUAUCUUCCGCGAGGUGUCUCGGUCGCAUGCGAGAUUGAGCCCAGGUUGUUACAGCUCGAUUGCUGGCGCAUGCAGUAAGGGCAGGCAGUGGCAGAAGGCUUUGGCGCUGAUCAGCGAGAUGUGGGAAGCGAAUUUCGAGCCUGACGUUACCUCAUCUGCAACGCUGAGAUCAGCGCGUGCGACAAGGGCGAGCAGUGGCAGCGGGGUUUGGCGCUUCUCAGCGGGAUGCGGGAGGCGCAGCUGGAGCCUGACGUGAUCAGCUACAGCGCUGGGAUCAGCGCGUGUGGGAAGGGCGAGCAGUGGCAGCGGGCCUUGGCGCUGCUCGGCGAGAUGCGGGAGUCGAUGCUGGAGCUCAACAUUAUCUAUCCUAAAAUCUACAACGCUGGGGUCAGCGCGUGCGAAAAGGGCGAGCAGUGGCAGCGGGCCGUGGCGCUGCUCAGCGAGAUGCGGGCAGCGUGCCUGGAGCCCGACGUUAUCCAAACUCUACAGCGCUGGGAUCAGCGCGUGCGAAAAGGGCGAGCAGUGGCAGCGGGCUCUGGCGCUGCUAAGCGAGAUGUGGAUUGCGAGUCUUGAGCCCGACGUCAUCGUCUACAACGCUGCCAUCAGCGCGUGCGAAAAAGGCGAGCAGUGGCAGCGGGCCCUUGGCCUUCUUAGUGAGAUGCGGGAGGCAGAUCUGCAGCCCAACGUCAUCUCAGCUACAACGCUGCGGUCAGCGCGUGCGAGAAGGGCGAGCAGUGGCAGCGGGCUCUGGUGCUUCUCAGCGAGAUGCGGGGAGCGAAUCUGCAGCCCGACGUUACCCAUCUACAGCGCAGGGGUCAGCGCGUGCGAGAAGGGCGAGCAGUGGCAGCGGGCUGUGGCGCUUCUCAGCGAGAUGCGGGAGGCGCAGCUGGAGCCCGACGUGAUCAGCUACUGCGCUGGGAUCAGCGCGUGCGAGAAGGGCGAGCAGUGGCAGCGGGGUCUGGCGCUGCUAAGCGAGAUGUGGGAGGCGAAGCUGAAACCGAACGUGAACAGCUACAACGCUGGGAUCAGCGCGUGCGAGAAGGGCGUGCAGUGGCUGCGGGCUUUGGCGCUUCUAAGCGACAUGAGGGAGGCGCAGUUGGAGCCCGACGUGAUCAGCUACUGCGCUGGGAUCAGCGCGUGCGAGAAGGGCGAGCAGUGGCAGCGGGCUCUAGUGUUGCUGAGCGAGAUGGGGGAGGUGGAGCUGGAGCCCACCAUCAUCUACAACGUCGGCAUCAGCGCGUGCGAGAAGGGUUUGCAGUGGCAGCGAGCUUGGGCGCUUCUCAGCGAGAUGUGGAAGACCAAGCUAGUUCCCGACGUGAUCAGCUACAGUGCCGGGAUCAGCGCGUGCGAGAGGAGCGAGAAGUGCGAGUAUUAAUAGUGGUCCUUUGCCCUUCUCGGCGGGAUGUUGGAGCUGAAACUGAAGCCCAUCGUCAUUUGUUAUAGCGCCGGGUUUAACGUAUCCGAGAUGUGCGAGCAGUGAUAGUUGGGUUUGGCGCUGCUCAACGAGAUGCGGAGAUCGAAGCUGGAGCCCCGCCUCAUCUCUUUUACGGGACCGUGUGCAGCGAGCCCGGCUUGGGCAAGCAGUACCACUAGCUUCGAGGGAGCCAGAUCGGCGUGGCCGGCCCACAGACGGCCCCGGAGGAAAAUUCUCUCUUGAUGUAAUCGUCGAGGGGGGACGUGCCCAAGAGCGUGAGGUAGACCCAGCCGCUGGGCCGGACGCUAGUGUAGGGCGUGGAGCCAGGGAGACGGGCGUCGGGGAGGCGGAGAUCCCAUAGCUGGCGGCCAUGCGUCAGGCCCUCGAGGAGGUCAGCCUCCCCCUCUGCUUCUCCCCGCAACGGUCUCUCGUCGCGGCGGA